AAUGAUCAAAUUUAUAAUCAAAUUAGAAUGAAAUUAACCAAUUUGCCUAUAAAUCAAAAUGAUUUAACUGAUUUUAUUAAAUUUUGGAGUUUAAUACUUGAUGGAUUAUAUUUUUUUUCAUCAAAGAAAAAUAUUGAUUCCUUAGAGAUAUUAAAAAAUUACUGGAACGAAAUUGUUCAAGAUUAAUAUAAAGAUUUAUUUAUGCUUUCUAUAUUUAAAAAAAAGGGAGGAAAACUAUUACUAGAGAUAAUUUAAAAAAAAAAAUAAACAAAAUAACAAUAAUAGGAAUUGUAAGUUAAAAUGUGAUAGUUAAAAUGAUAAAUGAUAAAUGAUAAAUGAUAGUAAUGAGAAAAAAAUUAGAAAUGAAUUAAAGGAUAUAAAUAAUCUCUGCCAAACCACAAAAUAGAAGUGAAAAUAAACUAAUAUAGAAUGGUAAGUAUUUACAGAAAACCAAAGUAAAGGGAAUAAUAAUACCAACAAUAAUAAUUUCAAUAAAAAAUUGAAAACAACAAAAAUCAAAUAUCAAGCAAUUGAUAAAAAUUAACAAAUAGCUUUAAAAUCAGAUCUAUAAGAAAUUAAUAUGAAGAAAAUUAACGAUAUCAAUGGAAACAAAAACAAAAGAGAAAAUAAAAGAGAAAAAGAAA